CAAACAGUUGUAGAACAGGAGUCUGGAACCAUUCUCUGGCUAUUUAUCUUCACAGCACAUAUUGCAUUUGCCUCAUCCUGAGCCUGGUUACACACAGCAAUGCAGCGCAUUCUCUGGGCUGUACGAGAAAUCAAGAUACGGGGAAACCACGGCCCCGUCUUGAAUCUGCCGGGGACAGUCAGGUUGAUGUUGACAGUCCUAGCCUUGGGUGGAUAUUUGUCGGCUGGUGUGAUGGGUUGGACACUCCAUUACGACAACGCAAACAUGAACUGGACGCAGGCGAGGGAUUGGUGUCAGGCCCACUACACCGACCUGGUGUCCAUUCAGAACCAGAAGGAGAACGAUUACGUGUCGAAACACCUGCCCGUUAGAACCGGAGCUCCGUAUUACUGGAUCGGCCUCACUAGAACAGCUGAGAACAGCUGGGUCUGGAUAGGUACCAAUGGAACCUUGGCGGGGAACAACUCCUGGGCAUCCAAUGAACCAAACAAUAACCUUAAAGACGAAUCGUGCGUUGAGAUGUACGUAACCAAUGAUGCACGCAGUGGGAAGUGGAACGAUGAAUCAUGCUCUCUGGCUAAAUUUCCAGCUUGCUUUAAAGCUCAAUGCAACCAAACAUCAUGCAACAAACGAGGGAGAUGCCUUGAAACUAUCAACAAUAUAACCUGUCUGUGCGAGCCGGGAUUUGAGGACCACAGGUGCCAAACAGCCGUGACCUGUGAGCAGCCAACCAGACUGCGGAACGGCAGGAUAGAAUGCCGGGGUCCCUAUGGAAACACUUCCUUCAACGCCUCCUGUAGCUUCCUCUGUUUGGAGGGUUAUGCGUUGUCGGGGGCGACGGCGAACAUCAGGUGUAACUCUUCUGGGUCGUGGGACGCCGAGGAGCCUGUCUGCGAACGCCUCGCCGUGCCAUGUGACCCUCCGUCCCAGCCGGAGAACGGGUUCCUGUGCUGCCCGGGGGGGAACCGCACCGUGGGUUCUGCUUGCCGCUUCGGCUGCUCGGAGGGCUUCCUGCUUCUGGGGUCGUCGGAGGUCACCUGCGACAGCGCGGGAGCCUGGAGCGGGCCGAGGCCGUUUUGUGCCAGUUACGAGUAUGUUUUGAUAGCUCUGGCUGGUGGAGUGGUCGUUUCAACCUUCUGUUGCAUCUGUUUCUGUUUCACUCGUCACAGGAAAAGGAAGAAACCCAACCAACCAAAAACACUCGAGGAGGGGGCGACACCAUCCUGUCAAACAGGAGAAGAAGAGAGCCGUACUGAAACAUCAAUCAUGUUUCAAUACUAAUCUACUUUUAAACAUCCAUUACUUUUUAAAGUUUGUUCAAUCUAUAUAUACUUUUACACAUUUUUUUUAGUUAGUGCUAGUUAAGGAUGAUCGACUGUAUGUAUGGUAAAGAUUUAAUAAAAGAUACUGAAUUCUA